UCUGUGAGCCGAGCCGUCCAGUCUCCUGGCGGGUUCGCGCACGACGGGUGCAUCCGCCCACCCCUUGCUUCCACACCUCAUGUUCCGAUCGCGACGAGCCGGCUUAAUACAGCGGCUCUGGAGGCUUCGCUGUGCAACGCCCGGCCCGGACGACAGCCACGGGGCCCUGAAGCCGGCCGCCCAUGCCCUCUUCAAGAAGCUCAAGGACACCGAACUGGAGCUGCUCUUGCGGGCAGUGGAGGGCAGAGGGGCGGGCCAGUCGGGCUGCAUCUGGGUGGAGCCGCGAGGGCCGAAGCCCGGCCUGCCAGCCUCGGUGCUCCUGUGCCGCCUCUACCGCUGGCCGGACUUGCGCCACACGCAUGAACUCAAGCGCCUGAGCUGCUGCAGGAGUCCCGGGGGUGAAGGCACCGUCCACUGCUGCAACCCGCACCAUCUCAGCCGGCUCGCUACACCUGAGACUCCUCCGCCCCCAUACUACAAGAUCUCCCCGUUUGGCCUCCCCUUGAAGUGCCCCAGCACCUUGGAGAACAAGCGCAAAGUCUGGCAAGACACCAGCCUCUCCCAACACUCUCUGAAAGAUGGCUACUGGUGCAAACUGGCCUACUGGGAGUACCGUUUGCGGGUGGGGAGACUCUACCCCGUCCAUGAAGACUCCGUCGACAUCUUCUCGGACCUCCCAGCAGGCAACGGCUUCUGCGUGGCUCAGCUGGCGUCCCGGAAUCGCAGCCAGGCUGUCCAGCGCACCCGGGGCAAGAUCGGGCGAGGCUUGACUCUCAGCAGGGAAGGGGGCAACGUCUGGGCCUACAACCGCAGCGACCACCCUGUGUUUAUCAGCUCUCCCACCCUCGGCCUGGUGGUCCACAAGGUUCUUCCCGGCUACUCCAUCAAGGCCUUUGAAUACGAACCGGAGAGCAACCUGGACGGGUGGCGGGACCCAAGCGACGGGCCGUACGAAACCCAUGCUGUUCGGAUCAGCUUUGCCAAAGGCUGGGGGCCCAGCUACUCCCGCCGGUUCAUCACCUCUUGCCCCUGCUGGCUGGAAGUCCUGUUGAGCACGCAUGGAUGAAAAAGCACGGGAGAUGCUGGGGAAAGGGUGAAAUGGUGGCUUCGGUUCCUGGCCCAGCAUCUUUCGAAGGAGAGAGCGAGAGACCUCAGGAGCCUUAAUAAAUAACUGUUUUUUCCAUAAA